CGCCACAACAGCUGGGGAAGGAUUCCCGACCCACUCUCAGCGAAGAUGGUGGCUGUUAGAAGAGUGGAGAGCCUACUGUCGUCCGGAUAAGACAGAUACAUCUACACCUGUUUGUCAUUCCAGUCAGACAGUAACUCCGUCUCAGAGGGAAGGGAAAAGGGUGGCAACGCGCCACCGAACGGACGGAAGAGGACGCACCACCGCCGGAGCGCACAGCCUGGUGUUUGUUGGACGCAUGCAUGCCAGGGAAAACUAGAGCUACCAAGACCUGAGGAAUUGCUUGUGAUCAGGAGAUAAGGAGCGUGUUUUUUUUUUUGUCUUCCUCUCCUUUUCCCAGGAUUAACCAACCGAGGAUCACCAAGACUCAGACUCACCCUGUGGAUUUUUCUCCUUUCUUUGCUCCAAGGGAAUGCGAGAGGAGGAAAUCCAGCCUCAUCUCCAAAUAAGCAGAGACUCCAGAACUGGGUCUGCGCUCCAAACGCAGGAAAUACGGCCUGGAAGAAAAGGGAAAAGUUUGAGAUGAGGGCCUUUACUGUAACACUUUAACCGAAGCAAUCCUCACGCUUCUGGGAAUAAGUUCUAGGAAAAGCAUUCCUGUUUUACAAUCUGCGGCUGGUGUUAUUUGCAACAGUUUAAUCAUCACUAUUUAUAGCCCAGCCUGUUCCGACCGAGGCUGUUCCCCGUAGCUGCAUAUAUGUUUGGCCAACUGCGCUCAACAAGUUGCAGACACUCCCAGCAGAGGGGAAAUCCACGCCAAAAAACUGGGGCUGUGCGUGGAGGGUUUUUUUCUAGUGAUAGUGCGGAUCAUGCGUGUCUGAGAGGGGAAGCGGGGGGCAGACCCAGGGCCCCUCUCCUUGGGAAAGCGGAGAGAAAGAGAGAGGGGAGGGAAUAAACAGUGGAGAUCCGGAGCGGGGAGUUCAGGAAAGGACGGGGCUGCAUCCGUGGGAAUAGGCCUGGCUGUCAGGGGCCUGCACUGGGAUUCGGAGCAACUUAAAAACUCAAUUUCUGUUGCAAAAAAAAAAAUAAAAAUAAGGGGGGCUGCUGCAAUAAAGAUGGCAGGAGAAUGUGCAUUAGUGGAGGCGGUGGGAGGUAAUUACAGUUUGCACACUUUUUAAUGAACUGCAUUAGGACUUUUCAAAAAUUUAAUAAGCUAUUAUGUGGCAUUAGAAUAUGCAUAAAUAUAUAUAUUUACUCAUCAUUUCUAAUUAGUGCGACAUCAAUGUAUUUCUUUUUUUUUUUGCUCAUAAACAAUAUUUUGUGUUGAAACUGGUGUAUAAAUAGAGCAGUUAUGCAGGAUGUUGCAAUAAGAACAACAGCCUACCACAUUUUCAAACAAAGUGUUGACAGAUUUAUUCCUCAAUCAAACAAUCCAAUUAAGGGAUGAUGGGAGAAACUUGUUAAUUGCAGUGGCAAUGAUUGCUGGUCGCGCGGAUUGAAGAGAGGAAAUCUGUUGCGCCACCGCAGGCGGUCCCUUUUCCAGAAGGAUGUUCGGUCCAGGAGGCAGUGAGGACAAUGUUUGCGCCGCAGCUGGAGAGAAAGCUGGACUGUCUCUCUGUUGAGGAGGAUGCAUGCAUUAAGAGCGCUGACGCAAAGCCACGGCUCAGAUAAUGGUGUGCUGUAGAAAGUGGAACGGCGCGUCGUAAUGUGAUGUCUCUCCUCCUCUUCGUUCCUGUGUUGCCAGAACCACCAGAAGAAAUUACUAAUUGAUUUUUACACCCCAGUGGCACCCCCCCUCCCCUUUCCUCCCACCCUCCACCCCUCUCUCCAUCUCUGCUCGUCAACAUGGCCACUCUGCAACAUCACAGGCAGCUUCUUAUGCACGGCACGGAGGUGAUCUGUGACUCAGGCAGAGGUGAUGGCGCCAUCACGGUGCGGAUUGCAAAUGAUUCCACACAGAUGCAGCAGCAGCAUUAUGAGCCACUUCCAGUUGCAAAGGGUGUAGGAGGUGGAGGGGGUUCGGGUAAAGUGAACCCUACCAUCCACAAGUACAGCAUCUCCUCCAGCUGCAGCUCAGCGGACUCCAGGCCGGUCAUAACUUCCUCUCCCAAGGUGCAGACAAAGGCCCCUCAGCUGUUUGAACGCUCUGCUGCCCAGUGCUGGGACCCCAAGUUCGACUCCCCCGUCCUGGAGGAGGCGUGCCAGGAGAGGUGCUUUCCUCAGAAGCAGAGGCGGUUUCGUUAUGUCCUCUUCUACCUGGCAGUGGCUUCUCUACUCUGGGGGGUGUACUUUGGUGUGAACAGUAGCCGUUGUCACCCUGUGACUUUUCUUGCUCCCACUGCCUCCUUCCUGACGUUGCUGUUGCUCCUGUUUCUGUUCACCUUCACCAAGCCAUACAUGUGGCUGUACAACCAGACCUCCCUGCUGCUAAUAGCCCUUACAUUUGCCAUCACUUUGGCUCCACAGAUGCAAACCGCUACAUAUGAUUGGGCUGCUGAAGUCAACGCCUCUUACAUCUCUCUAAACAAAGAGGUUCCACAUCAGAUGUCGUGCAUCUCCCCUGUCGGCACCUUUUCCCUUUGCAUGGAGGUCCUUUUAUUAGUAUACAGCGUCCUGCAUAUCCGUUUGUAUGCCUCAGUGAUGCUAGGCCUCCUAUAUUCUGUUUUAUUUGAGGCUUUUGGAUGGCUGCCAUUGCUUCAAAGGAGCUAUGAAGCUACUGGACAGGUGUCAGGUUUGCAAAACAUGCUCCUCUGGCUUGGUCCGGCCAAAGGUCUGCUUCACUUAUGUGCACACGUCAUUGGCAUCCACCUUUUUAUCAUGUCCGAAGUGCGUUCCCGCAGCACAUUUCUCAAAGUGGGCCAAGCCAUAAUGCAUGGCAGAGACUUGGAGGUGGAGAAGGCCUUGAAGGAGCGAAUGAUCCACUCGGUCAUGCCGAGACGAGUUGCAGAUGAGUUGAUGAAGCAGGGGGACGAUGAGGGCGGCGGCGAGAGCUCUGGCAAGAGAUAUUCCUCUGGUGCCUGCUCUGCCUCGGCUGUGGCAGUGGGCUGUGGAGGAAGUGGAGGAGGCCUACAAAGCCAAAGUGUAAUAGGUUCUAAGAAUAACCCUCAUAGCAAUCACAGACGCAAAAAGACCUCCAUACCCAGAGGACAAAUAAUAUUCAGGCCCUUUAACAUGAAACGCAUGGAGCCUGUGAGCAUCCUCUUUGCCGAUAUUGUUGGCUUCACAAAAAUGUCAGCCAAUAAAAAGGCACCAGCUCUGGUGGGUCUCCUUAAUGACCUAUUUGGACGUUUUGACAGACUCUGCGAAUUAACCUGCUGUGAGAAGAUCAGCACUCUAGGAGACUGCUAUUACUGUGUGGCAGGCUGCCCUGAGCCCAGAGAAGACCACGCUUACUGCUGCGUUGAUAUGGGAUUAGGGAUGAUCCAGGCCAUCGAACAGUUCUGCCAGGAGACCUGCGAGACUGUCAACAUGCGAGUCGGCGUCCACACCGGCACCGUGCUUUGCGGGAUCCUUGGAAUAAAAAGGUUCAAGUUUGAUGUGUGGUCAAAUGAUGUCAAUCUGGCCAACCUGAUGGAGCAGUUGGGUGUGGCAGGAAAGGUCCAUCUGUCUGAAGCAACUGCCCAGUUCCUGGAUGACCGUUAUCAACGGGAGGAUGGGCAGGUGGCCGAGAGAGCAGGGCAGAGCGCCAUUGAGAAACUGAAAGGAAUGAAAACCUACCUGAUCUCAGGACGGAAGCUGGAUCAUGAUGUCCCGUGUGCCUGCUCUCAGGGUGGGGAAUUCGUAGGGGUCAAUGUUCCCUCCUGCCCUCAGCCUCGUACACCUGACCUCAUCCACGGAGCGGCGCAGGCUACUGAAUCCCUGCUGCCUCAAAAACCAUCGGACAAAACUGUGCCUCCCUGUGUUUUCCAUGGCGCUGCGCGACCAUCCAUGGCCGAGCAGGGCGACGAUGUGGCUGUUUUGAACGGCUGCCAGGAGGAACACAAGCUAAGCUCUGCCAAGUUCCUCCCAGGCCACAGAGCUGCAGUCAACGGUCUCCUGAGCCCCCCACUGGAGGACGCCGUGCGUGCCAGCCAGAGUUCCCUGUGUGACAUCCCCCAGAAAGAAAACAAGACCAGCACCAGCACAGGGACUGGCACCAGCAUCGGCAUGGCUGCUUCGGUGGCGGCGGCAGGUACGGGCAUGGAUCACUCUGCCCUCAUCCGGCUGCGUGCCAAGAACUUUAAACAGAAGAGCGACGCCCACUUCGUGGAGGUUAUCAAGGAGGACAGCCUGAUGAAGGACUACUUUUUCAAGCCACCCAUCAAUAAGAUCAGCUUGAACUUUCUGGAGAGACCACUGGAGAAGGCGUAUCGCAGCAGCUACAAAGUAGAGGUGAAGAACCGGGUUCCAGUGCAGACGUUUGCCAGCCCCACAUUCAGUUCCUUCCUGGAUGUUCUCCUCAGCUGCUUUGUCUUCCUGGCCUUGACCGUGGCUUGUUUCCUUCCGUUUCUGGUCAGCCAGUCUACGGUGGGCCCCCCGGCGCUCGCUGCCCUGAUCCUGGCGCCUCUGGCUGGUUUGUUGGAGCUGGCCUCGCUGCUGUUCUCCGUACGAAUGACCUUCUACCUGAAAGAGCUGAAGAGGUCCACUCGCUCCCUGGCCUUACUGGUCUCUGGCUGGGUGUCCCGUCACCUGAUCGGGGCCGUGUUGGUCUCCCUCCCUGCCGUCUCCGUCUUGUCCCACGUCAGUGCCCACCUUCCUCUCCAGGUGACCAUGUUCCUGUGCUGCGCCACCAUCUUGGCCAUAAUACAGUACUGUAAUUUCUGCCAGCUGAGUUUUUGGAUGAGAUCCGUUUUCGCCACCAUUACUGGACUUGCUCUUCUGCUGAUGCUGUACGGCCCUGUUCACAGCUCAAGUAAUAACGCCGUGCCAGUUCAUGGGCUGAACUACUCCAAGGCCGGUGAUGGUGUCUCAGAGUCGGUCCAGGACUCUUCUCGGAGACUCUUUAAUGUUCUGGUCACAGAGGCAAUCCUAGCCUUUUUCUUGCUUCUGCUCCUCGUGUGGUUCCUCAAUCGAGAGUCUGAAGUCAGCUAUCGCCUUCAUUACCACGGCAACGUUGAGGCUGACAAGCACCGCUCCAAAAUCCAAAUGAUGCGAGACCAGGCUGAGUGGUUACUGGGCAACAUCAUCCCUAUCCAUGUUGCUGACCAGCUAAAGGAGACCCAGAGCUAUUCCAAGAACCACGACAGUGUGGGGGUUAUAUUUGCCAGUAUCGUUAACUUCAGCGAGUUCUACGAAGAGAGCUACGAGGGAGGAAAGGAGUGCUAUCGCGUUCUGAAUGAACUGAUUGGAGAUUUUGACGAGCUCCUUCGGAAGCCUGAGUUCAGGAGCGUGGAAAAAAUCAAGACGAUCGGCUCCACCUACAUGGCUGCGUCUGGGCUCAAUGUCCAGCAGAUGGCGGACGAUGAAGAUGAGUCCCCUCACGCCCAUCUGAGGGCGCUUUUCAACUUCGCGCUUGAUAUGAUGGGCGUACUGGAUGAUUUCAACAAGAACAUGCUAGGCUUUGGUUUCAAGCUGCGGAUUGGGUUCAACCACGGUCCCCUGACGGCGGGGGUGAUCGGCACGACUAAACUGCUAUAUGACAUCUGGGGGGACACUGUUAACAUAGCAAGCCGCAUGGACUCUACCGGCGUGGAGUGUCGGGUGCAGGUGAGUGAGGAGAGCCAUGCUGUCCUCAGCGCCAUGGGUUUGGAGUUUGACUAUAGGGGGACAGUCAAUGUUAAGGGCAAAGGUCAAAUGAGAACCUUUCUCUACCCUAGAAGUGGGGAGAGCUUUUGCCAGGACCGAACAGAGCAGGCAGCUGGAGUUGGACCCACUAUAUUAUUAUCCGAUAAGACUUUAGCCACUGCUGUACCUGCUUCCUCCUCUCCUCCCAAUCAGCCCCCUCAAACCCAAAGCACUGUGAGGGCUCCAAGAGCAAACCCUAAGCCCAAACCAACCAAUAGCACAGAAGAGACGGACGAAGGGUACAGGGACUCAGCACAUACCCCUGAGGAGUCUCCAGACAAAGACAUUAACACCCUUCCUUGCUCUGAGCUAGGCCCAGCUACACAGGCUUCCUCUGAGACGGAACCAGCUCCUCUCGCAUUUCGGGGGGAUGAAGAGGAGGAAGAGGCUAAUGAGCUUACAAAACUCAACGAGGAGUUUUAUGCUCGUCUCUGAUCCUAGAUCCUACUCUUUUCCUGUUUUCUUUUUCCCUUCUCCACCCCGCUGCUGCAUCUUCAGGACUACAAGUGUUGGCAAGGAUAUCUCUUAUUAUCCAUCCUUGGCAUGGAAGAAGCGGCGGAACAUUUCAAUACUCAUCACGGCUUUGGCAACUAGAAAAGGAGCUGCUGAAGAUCGUUUAUGGGAGUGUUGCCUGAGAGCAAGGGUGGAUUUAAGACCUGUGUUGAGCACAGCUGUUUAUCACAAUGAAAAGGGUUAAGAAAGGGG